GAUUCGCUAUGUAUGGACAUUAGCAUUACCUAUAAUAAUGUUUGCAGUAUAUGUUCCAAUAUUCUGCAAUUUACGGUAUAGACGAAAGGCUGUCUUGGAGUUACAUAAAGACAAGGGAUGUGAAGCGAAGAGUACGGUAGAAACGGGUAAAUAUGAGCGGUCGAUGUUAAUUCAGGCAGUUUUCGUUUCUGGUGUAAUGGAAAUUGAAUUUUUCUGUUUCUACUUCUUGUCGAAGCUUGCUGUCAAACUCGGAAACAAAGAAAUUGAAAUUCCCAUCAAUAUUUUCAUUAACUGCUACAUGAUCUUCGUUGGUGCUAUGCUACCAACUGUCAAUUUAAUUUUCGUCAAACAAUUUCGUAACAACGUGAAACAAGCAAUUGUAAAAUUGCUAUCAAAAAUUAUGGUUAGGAAAAGAAUGUUUACUAUAGUACAUACUGUACCUAAAAGGAAAGUUCACCCAAUUGCACAGGUAGAUUAA